AUGUUGGAUGGUUGUGUAAACAAGUCGCUUGCCGCAUGCGUGCGAAGCUCCAGCUGGCUGAGACCCUUGGAGGUUGGUCCUUGGUGGGGCUGCCUGCCUCUGUCUUCUUUCUCAUCUCGACAAUAUACACCUCUUCACUUUCUCACAUCACAACACCGCCAUUCUUUUCUUCUCAUCGGAAACUCGGCCUUUCCAUUCGACCAUCUCUGGAAACAUGCUCAAAGCAUUGUUGGCAUUCGAUCGUCCUUACUAUCAUCGCAUUCUAUUGUGCGCUUCUUCUCCCUCUCGAACAUCAAACAUACCACGAAACAUGACCCCGAAGCUCCGAAAAAGCCAUGGGCAAAACAGCUCGCAGCCAGAAAUGCCCGUUACCGCAAUGAUGCAGCCUAUCGCGAUGAAGUGCUAGCUCGUAACAGAACCUAUAGAGCAGAACAGUCUGAUCGCUUCAAGCAAUGCGUGAGCAAGUCGACCAAGCGCAGGCGUCAAGAAGAUGCUGCCUGGUGUGAGCAACGCCGCAAAUACAGUUUGGCCAUGUACAAGGAAAAGUACACCAAGGACCCUACAUAUUGCCUGAGGAGACGCUUGCAACGGUGGGUCGCUCACCAUCUUGAUUUCAUGUCAAGUCUGCCAUGGAAGACGCACCGUCCGCUUUACUAUCCCGAAAAGGUCCGUCACUUUUGUCAGGGCUGUAAUGGUGAAAGACUCGACGGCUUGCGCUCGGGGUGGGUCAGGCUUGAUCAAGACACGUACGACUGUCCUUCUUGCUACGUACAAGACAAUGAUGCAGCCAUGCCAAAGGGCUACGAGGCUAUAACGACUUGGAAGGACUUGAUCGCCCGCAACAAAGAACUCACUGGACUUGCUGCAAAGGGCCAGUCACGGCCUUGA